AUGGCCGGCAGCGGCGACUGGUUUCACAGUGCUGGGACGCCCACCUGCCACCCCCUACAAAAGACACCUCUGCCAGCUGUGGCGACCAGGCAGGCGCCUCCGAAGGAGCUUUCUCGGCCUGUGGCGGUAAGGCCGCAACCGCCACCUCCUGAGGUCAGGGUGGCCCCAAACCCAGAAUGUUUUCUGCGGAAAGCAGCUCAUGCAUCCCCACUGCCAGCACUUCCUCCGGGGGAUCACCUAGGGGAGUUGAUUGCAAGAUACAAACAGGGAGUAAUAAACUCAGUGUCUGCCUUGCAUCAGUUUGCACAAAUGCACCGUGUACAGCUUGAAUUGAAAGAAAUAGCUGUGGCAGGCAAUAUGAUAAGGCCUUAUUUUGCCUUCUGUGCUGUGGUAGACGGUGUUAGUUACAAGACUGGAAUGGGAAAAACCAAGAAGGAAUCUAAAUCAAAUGCAGCUAAACUGGCUCUUGAUGAGCUACUUGCCUUGGAGCAUACAAAGUCAAAGGCUUCUGAGAUUUCAGAUCUUUCCUGUACUCCUGCCAAGCCCCAGACUCCAGAAAACUCUGUCCAUCUUUCAAGGAUUUGUUUUGAAGGAAGACAGCUUGUAUAUCCAAAGCUUUCACGAACACUUGAAGAAGUAUUUAACAGCCUGACUGCCGAGCAUCCUCAGUGCCAAAGAUGUGGCAGUUCGCUGGCUGCCUUCAUCGUUGAAAAAGGUGGACAUCACGAAGUUGUAGCUCUGGGAACAGGAGAAUGUAAUUACAGUCAGUGCUUUCAGCCUCAUGGAAGGGUGUUGCAUGACAGCCAUGCCAUUGUGGUCGCGAGACGUUCUCUGCUCAGAUAUUUUUAUAGACAUCUCUUGCUGUUCUAUAAUGAAAAUCCAGCGAGGACAGAGAAAUCCAUAUUUUGCAGAGCACCAGACUCGAAGCUGCUUACCCUAAAGCAAAAUAUAGUGAUCUUUCUCUACAUGAAUCAGCUUCCCAAAGGAACUGCUCAGUUAAAAACACAGGUACAUCUCAAUCCACGAUCUAUAUCUGCGUUUGAAAUGAAUGAAGAACUGAGUCUCCAUGUUGCUAUAGAAGGCAAGACUUACCUAACGGUUUGUUGUCCGCCUGAAACUGUUAGGAUGAGCAGUAUGUCAGCUAGCGACAAGUUAACGAAGUGGGAAGUGGUUGGUGUUCAGGGAGCGUUGCUGAGUCACUUCAUCGAACCGGUCUAUAUCAACAGUGUUCUUGUAGGAAAUGAAAAUUGCAUGGAUACAAAAGGGCUAGAAAUAGCUCUACGACAGCGCGUGGAUGAUGCGCUUGUAUCAAAACUUCCCAUGCAUUACCUGGUCAACAGAUCUCAUAUUUACUUGGUGAAUGCUGCACAUCCAGUACAAGUAGACUCUCAACAGAGGACUCUUAGUUUGAAUUGGUCACUGUCAGAUGCAUCACUGGAGCUUGUGGAUGGGUUAAAUGGAAAAAUCACUGUAAGUUCACCGUUCAAAAGUGGUGUUAACAUGGCAAGUCGCCUUUGCAAGGCAGCCAUGUUCAGUCGCUUCAGAACGCUUGCUAAGGCGGCAGAGCGGAGCGACUUGCUCCAAGUUGGGACGUACUAUGAAGCUAAGAUUCAAUCUGAACUAUACCAAGAAGCUAAAAGCCUGCUGCAAAGCCACUUGGAACAACAUAAUUAUGGAUCCUGGAUCGUGAAGCCUGCACAUAUUGAACAGUUUAGUGACUGA